GCGUCGCCACAAAGGACAGUCAAUAAUCGAUGCACAUGCAUUAUUCGUUGCAGGGCAAUGGCCCCCUCAGUAGGAGAAUACUACGCAGGCAAGAAUGUCCUCAUCACAGGCGCCACUGGAUUCGUCGGCAAGAUCCUGGUAGAAAAGCUACUUCGAUCAUGCCCCGAAGUGAACACCAUUUAUCUUCUGCUUCGGCAGAAGAAGGGAAUGUCCAGCGAGGAACGAUUGCGAGACCUGAUCAGCAAUAAGCUCUUCAAUCCCCUGCGAGAUAAGCAGCCAGACGUCUUCAACAAGCUCCGUCUGGUAGCCGGAGAUAUACUUGAAGAUGAGUUGGGACUCAGUAAUGACGACAGACAGGAGUUGCAGCGACGGUGUCACGUGGUGUUCCACAGUGCUGCUUGUGUACGUUUUGACCAGAAACUCAAGGAUGCUGUAAACCUGAACACGACUGGGACAUUACGCGUCUUGAAACUAGCAGAGAAAAUGGAAAAUAUAGAGGUGUUAGUCCAUAUUUCGACAGCCUACUGCCGCUGCGAGCUAGACGUACUGGAAGAAAAGCUGUACCCCGCCGUGCAUAAGCCCGCCCGGAUCAUGGACGUAGUUGACUGGAUGGACGAUAGCAUGUUGGACUAUUUGGAACCAAAACUCAUCGCCCCUGAGCCAAAUACGUACGCUUACACCAAAGCCAUAACCGAAGACAUGGUGGCAGAAUACGGCAAGAAGUUUCCUGUCGCCAUCGCGAGACCGUCUAUAGUGGUGGCAUCCUUGAAGGAACCAAUCCCUGGCUGGGUGGACAACUUGAAUGGACCCACGGGCUUGAUCAUUGGCAGUGGAAAGGGAGUUAUCCGCACCAUGCAUUGCGAGCCUUCUUACUUAGCUGACGCCAUGCCGGUAGAUGUCGUUGUCAACGCUUGUAUCCUUCUAGCCUUCGCCACUGCUAUUGAAAGACCACAAGAAGCCAAGUUUUUCAACGUCACGAUGUCCGGUGCUCUUCGCUGUACCUGGGGAGAGAUGAUUAGGCUUGGUGAAUAUUGGGUGAACAUGUACCCCCCAACCAUUGCUCUUUGGUACCCCGGCGGUUCCAUCAAGUCCUACUGGUUAUGGCACCAGUUUUGUCUGGUCACCACACAGUUGAUACCGGCGUAUCUCAUAGAUGCUUUACUGUUUUUACUGGGGAAGAAGACUUUUAUGGUGAAAGUUCAGGAACGCAUCAGUCAUGGUUUGGACGUUCUUCAAUACUACACCACCAAGGAAUGGCACUUCAGGAAUACUAACUUCACUGCUCUCCGUUCUAAGGUGUCCGAGGCCGAUAACGAAACGUUCUUCACCGACGUAAGCAAGGUGGAUGUCAACGAUUAUCUGAAGAACUACAUGAUAGGAGCCAGGGAGUAUUGCUGUAAGGAGGACCCGGCCAACCUGGAGCGGGCCAGGAAACUGCAUAACAUACGUUACUACGUAGACCGCGUGACGCGCUGCAUACUGAUCUUCCUGCUCUGCUGGUUUCUCUACAGCUACGCGCAUGUGUUCACCGCGGCCAUCGAGUACCUCGACGUUUCGUUGAAAAAUAUAUCUCCAUAUUAGUCUACAUCUAUGUCUAUAUGAAUAUUUUAUAUUAGUUUCGAUCUUGCCUUCUUGUUCAAUACGCCU